AUGUGGCUGCUACGCGUCGACGAUGCUACACUGCACCAAUAUCAAGAAGGGAAAGCCCUGCCGCCUUAUGCCAUUCUUUCGCAUGUCUGGCGAGGAGAAGAGCAAUCCUUUCAAGAUGUCAAAACCCUCAGCUCCGCGACCACGCACAAUAUGGGUAGCACAUUUCCCCAGGGUCUGUCUCCCAAGAUCCUCGACUUUUGCGUUUAUGCGCGGAAACGUGGGUACAAGUGGGUGUGGAUCGACACUUGCUGUAUCGACAAAACCAGUAGCGCCGAGCUAUCUGAGGCGCUGAACUCCAUGUACUCUUACUACGCCAAGGCCGACAUCUGCUUUGCGCUGCUUGACGACAUUCGCGGCGACGAGGAUCCUCGCGAAGUUACGUCCACGUUCCGGAAGAGCUCCUGGUUCAAGAGAGGGUGGACGCUACAAGAGCUCCUUGCACCACACGCAGUCAUCUUCCUGUCCCCGCUCUGGCAGCCGAUAGGCACGAACCAUGCGCUCGCCGAUGUGAUCGAGCAGAUCACGAACAUUGACCAAGCGGUUUUGACCCACCAGCUCCCCUUACGCGAAGUCAGUGUGGCCCGUCGAAUGUCCUGGGCAUCCCAAAGAGAGACAACUCGAAUCGAAGACCGCGCGUAUUCCCUCAUGGGUAUCUUCAACGUCUUCAUGCCAACCGUCUACGGCGAGGGCGUCCGCGCGUUCAUUCGACUCCAAGAAGAGAUCCUCAAGCAGCUCUCUGAUCAGAGCAUCUUCGCGUGG